UGGUAACAAGCACGCUUGUUCGUGACAAGCGCAACCUCACUGCCUCGAAGCGAAACCCCUUCAACGCAAAUAUACUUGAACUGUUAUCCGAAUUGUUCCAUAAAUAAAGUUAGAUUUUCGCAGAAGUGACGUCCGGUUCGUGUUGUGUAACAGUUGAGUGCAUUCCAACAACGAUGCCUGAAGGACCCGAGCUGCACCUGGCCAGCCUUUUUGUGAACAAAACGUGCGAGGGGGUGCUGUUUUCCAGCCCGGUCCGAAAGUCCGAGGUCAGCAAGAAUCCAGACGUAGCCUUCGCCUGCGAGGCCUACCGCAUCCAUGCCACUUCCAGAGGGAAGGAAGUGAAGCUUACUCUGACGCCAAUUAAGAGUGAUGACACGAAGGCGGAAGAGACACAGCAGCCCAUGGACAUUGUGUUUCGCUUUGGCAUGUCGGGCUUUUUUCGCUUCACCGCGGAGGAUGAGCUGCCCAAACACGCCCAUCUGCGUUUUUAUACCAAAGAGAAGCCUCGCAAAGUGCUCAGCUUCGUGGACGCGCGCAGGUUCGGCAGCUGGCAGCCACACGGAACCUGGCAGCCUGACAGAGGACCAUGCAUUAUGUUUGAGUACAACAGUUUCAGGGAAAAUGUGGUGUCGCACCUGUCUGACCGAGCCUUUGACAGGCCCAUUUGUGAAGUCCUGCUCAAUCAAAAGUACUUCAAUGGAAUUGGCAAUUAUCUGAGGGCAGAAAUCCUUUACAGGUUAAAAAUCCCGCCCUUCACGUGUGCCCGGGCUGUGCUUGAAGGCCUUGGGUCAGAGGAUGCUUGUGAAGACGAGAAGUCAGUAAAGAACGAAACUUUGAAGCAAAAGCCAGCUCGAAAGAUCACCGUGAAAGAUGAGAAUGCUGACCUACUCGGGCUGUGCCACACAGUUCCCCUGGAGGUGGUCCAUUUAGGUGGGAAAGGCUACGAUCCAGAGAAGGCCGACUACUCCGCCUUUAAGGCCUGGCUGCAGUGUUACUAUGUGGAUGGAAUGAAGUUUCUACGCGACCACAAUGGCAGAACUAUUUGGUUCCAAGGCAAUCCAGGCCCCAUGGCUCCUAAAGUUUCUAAAACACCAAAGGUCAAAAAGAGAACAAAAAAAGAUGAGGAUCACGAAAGCAGCGAGAGAGAAGGGGCUGAAAGACAAUCUGAAAGCACACAGAAGAAAAAAACGGUCAAAAAGGAAAUGAAAGCGGCAGAGACAGAAAAGGAUGCGCGGCCAAAAGAAGCCACAACCCGGCGAGCUGUGAAAUCCUUGAAAGUGAACGAGCCACGAUGUGAAGACGAGUCACCUGGAAGGAGGGAGAAGAUGGCAGAAGGUCCUCGGAGGCGUAGCGAAAGACUGACAAGGCAAAAUGUCAAGUGAAAACAAAGCAUCACUGGAUUUUGAAAUACUAUUUUUAAUCUUUUGUAAAAUAAAAAUAAAAAAUUGGGAAAUAUUUUGAAGUA